CUUGCGGCUGGCCGGCACCGCGGCCCUGGCGGCGGGACUGGGACUGGGACCGGGAGCGGGACCGGGAGCGGGUGCCCCCAGCGCCAUGAGGACCCUCGUGCUGCUGUGGCUGCCCCUGGCCGGAGCCAGCACCUGGCUGCGAUGCCCCGACGGGCAGCCGUGCCCCACCACCCCUCUCCUGCCUGCCAGCAGCGCGGUGGUGUGCCGGGAUGGUUUGCCGUGCCCCGCCGGAGCCAGCUGCCCGCUGCCAGAGGACGUCCCCUGCCCUGGUGGCCACCACUGCUGUCCCCGAGGGUCCCGCUGCAGCGCCGACGGUGAAUCCUGCGUCGCAUCCUCAGCCCCCCGUGCUGUCCCCUGUCCCGACGGACGGUCUGAGUGUCCUGACGAUGCCACCUGCUGCGUGACGGCCAGUGGCACCUGGGGGUGCUGCCCCAUGCCCCAGGCCUCCUGCUGUGCCGACAAGGUGCACUGCUGUCCCCACGCCACCGUCUGCGACCUGGCCCGUGGGCGCUGCCUGUCACCCGCCGGUGACGUCCCCAUGGGCACCGCGUUCCCCGCGUGGAAGCGCCAGCCCCCGGCACCAGUCGCCCUGCGCCAGGUGCUGUGCCCCGACGGCCGCUCGGCGUGUCCCGACGGUGCUACCUGCUGCCAGCUGCCCUCGGCGCAGUACGGCUGCUGUCCCCUGCAAAAUGCGGUGUGCUGCAGCGACGGGCAGCACUGCUGCCCACAGGGCACUGCCUGCGACCUGGAGCAUUCCACCUGCACGUCAUCCGUGGGCCGGGCACGGCCCCUCGCAUCCCUGCCCAAAGCUCGUGACGUGAGGUGUGACGACGAGAGCAGCUGCCCCGACGGCAGCACGUGCUGCAGGACCAGCUUGGGCACCUGGGGGUGCUGCCCGCUGGAGGAGGCCGUCUGCUGCCACGACCACGUGCACUGCUGCCCGCGGGGCUACACCUGCGACGUGGCCACGGGCAGCUGCCUGCAGGAGGGGGGGGGCCGGCGGCCCUGGGUGCAGAAGACCCCGGCGCUGGCCCUGGGGGGGAACGUGAGGUGUGACGACGAGAGCAGCUGCCCCGACGGCAGCACGUGCUGCAGGACCAGCUUGGGCACCUGGGGGUGCUGCCCGCUGGAGGAGGCCGUCUGCUGCCACGACCACGUGCACUGCUGCCCGCGGGGCUACACCUGCGACGUGGCCACGGGCAGCUGCCUGCAGGAGGGGGGGGGCCGGCGGCCCUGGGUGCAGAAGACCCCGGCGCUGGCCCUGGGGGGGGACGUGAGGUGUGACGACGAGAGCAGCUGCCCCGACGGCAGCACGUGCUGCAGGACCAGCUUGGGCACCUGGGGGUGCUGCCCGCUGGAGGAGGCCGUCUGCUGCCGGGACCACCAGCACUGCUGUCCCCACGGCUACACCUGCAACGUGGUCACCCAGAGCUGCGAGAAGCUGCUGGCACCCACCACCCUGCUGCCAGCACCCACGCCCCCCCGCCGGGCACCCACACCCCCCCGCCGGGCACCCACCCUGCCACCCACCCUGCUGCGAGCUGCGGGCAGCGAGGCGGGUGCUGCCGUGCCGUGCGAUGCUGCCCGCUCCUGCCGUGGUGGGCAGCGGUGCUGCCGGAGCCGGGGGGGCUCCUGGGGGUGCUGCCCCUUCACCCAGGGCUCCUGCUGCUCCGACGGCCGGCACUGCUGCCCCGGGGGGUCCCGCUGCACCGGGGGGGGCUGGGGGUGCAGCCCCCAGCGCUGGGACCUGCCCGCGCCCCGCAGGGUGCUGCUCUGACGUCCCCAGGGACACACACACCCCCCCACCCCCCCCCCCGGUGCCACCACCCCAAUAAACGGUUUCUAGGACAAA